AUGGCCUUCGAGCUCGGCGUAUUCUACCUUCAAGAGGACCUCCAGAGGCGGUGGUAUUUCUCGAUUGACGCGAACAUCACCGACAAUGUCCAAAGUGUAACGAAGAAAAUCGACGACUACGCGGGACCCAAUGGAUCGAAACUUCCGACGAAUUCCGUUGAUUGCGAGGGACGCGAUUUUAAGCCGUUCAUCAAUCCUCACGAGCCUCUUCCUCGCUGUUGGACCCUCGAACAACUUGGUAUUUGCGAGGGUCGUGCCGUACUUGCGAUUGGCAGGACUGUUGGAGUUUGUCAGUGCAACCCUCGGGGUAGUAGGGCGGACCCAGAUGGGGAGCCACACACCCAAGGUGGAGACCCUUGCUCAAAUGUGUUCUUGUCUUCGCUGCCCUUGCGCGUGGGGGACACACCUAAAUGA